GCUUUUCGUGGAUGUUACCCAAUUGUCUUCUCUUCCGUAAUCUUUAAAUCAUAUAACGACGUAACGUCUUUGUUUUGGUUCAUAUCGUCGUUCACGCAAAUUCUCCGAUUCAGAUCUGUGUGGCAGAAUUUGAAUCGAAGCAAAGGAUCAUCAACCCGGUAAGCAACCGCAACUUGCUAUCAAUCGCCGAUCUGGAUCCGUUAAAGGAUCCGUCGCAGUCCUUGAAGACAUCGGCGUCCUCCGCCACCGGAAACAAGAUCCGUUACCGUUCCCCUUCCGCUUCUGAGCUAUUGGAGUCAGGACUAGCCACCGGAUUGUCCGGUAACCAUUCUCCUACUUCCGACUCUCAUCAAGGUCUUCUCUCUAUCGACGGAGGGAAAAUGACGGCGAAGCGAGCGAUCGGACGGCACGAAUCUCUUGCCGAUAAGAUCCAUCGGCAUCGAGGUGUUCUACUUGUGAUUUCGAUUCCCAUUGUGUUGAUCGCUCUUGUGCUUUUGUUAAUGCCGGGGUCGUCGACGUCCGUCUCUGUCAUUGAGUACACGAUGAAAAGCCACGAAGGAGGUUCGAAUUCGAGGGGCCCCAAAAAUUACGCUGUGAUUUUCGAUGCUGGAAGUUCUGGAAGCCGUGUGCAUGUUUAUUGUUUCGAUCAGAAUUUGGAUCUCGUUCCUUUGGAGAAUGAGCUCGAGCUCUUCUUACAGCUAAAACCGGGUUUGAGUGCAUAUCCUAAUGAUCCUCGGCAAUCAGCGAACUCUUUGGUAUCUCUUCUUGACAAAGCAGAAGCUUCCGUUCCCCGUGAGUUGCGUCCGAAGACUCCUGUCAGAGUUGGGGCAACUGCAGGUUUGAGGGCUUUGGGUCACAAAGCUUCUGAAAACAUUUUGCAAGCGGUUAGGGAGCUCCUGAAAGAUAGAAGCAGGCUUAAGACUGAGGCAAAUGCAGUGACUGUUCUGGAUGGAACUCAGGAAGGGUCUUAUCAGUGGGUGACAAUUAACUACUUGCUAAGGACUUUGGGAAAGCCGUACUCAGAUACAGUUGGAGUGGUUGAUCUUGGAGGGGGGUCGGUUCAAAUGGCAUAUGCUAUAUCAGAGGAAGAUGCUGCAAGUGCACCAAAACCAUUAGAAGGCGAGGAUUCUUAUGUCAGAGAAAUGUAUCUAAAGGGACGGAAGUAUUUCCUCUAUGUUCAUAGCUACCUACAUUACGGGUUACUUGCUGCCCGAGCUGAGAUUUUGAAAGUUUCUGAGGGCUCUAACAACCCCUGCAUCGUGACCGGCUACACUGGUACUUAUAAAUAUGGAGGAAAAGGGUUCAAAGCCACCGCUUCUUCAUCUGGUGCAAGUCUAGAUGAAUGCCGGCGAGUAGCUAUUAACGCACUCAAAGUCAAUGAUUCACUGUGUACACACAUGAAAUGCACUUUUGGUGGAGUAUGGAAUGGUGGAGGCGGUGGUGGCCAAAAGAAAAUGUUUGUUGCAUCAUUUUUCUUUGAUCGAGCUGCAGAGGCUGGUUUUGUUGACCCAAAGCAACCUGUGGCUGAGGUUCGACCACUUGACUUUGAGAAAGCGGCCAACAAAGCUUGUAACAUGAGAAUGGAAGAAGGGAAAUCGAAAUUCCCACAUGUGGAGGAAGAUAAUCUUCCUUACUUGUGCUUGGAUCUUGUUUACCAAUACACUCUUCUCGUGGAUGGAUUCGGAUUGAAGCCAUCACAGACAAUAACGUUAGUGAAGAAGGUGAAAUACGGAGAUUACGCCGUGGAAGCUGCUUGGCCACUAGGAAGCGCCAUAGAAGCAGUAUCCUCACCAUGAGGAAGCCAAUUUUGGGUAUUUGCACAAAACCCCCAUAUUCUUUUGAUUUCUCCCAAAAUCUCCCCCAAGCUAUUUUUCCUACCUCGAAAUUUUGUUAUUAUCAUAAUCCUUAAUUAGUUCCUUUACUAUCGAUUUUUGUUACAAUAAUCAUCUAGAGAAAAGAGUUUCGAUUCUUAAUAUACCUAAUUUUUAUUUUGUAAUCUAAAACAGCUUACGUGUCCUCUGUUUCUUGCUUAUAAAAUAUUUUCCUUAUUGAGGCGUUUAUUUUUA